CAGGUCAGAGCAACGGUGGUAGACAGCCGGCUACUUUGUUCGGAAGUACUAUUAAAUACAUAUUUUAUUAUUAAUAUUAACUCGAUAAUGGAGGAAAUACUAUCGAAGUUACUUGUAGCUGAUAACACAACGGUCGAACAGGGAACAGCUGAACUCACAGAGGCUAUUAAAAAACCGGAGAGUAUAUCAACAUUAUGCCAACUUAUAGUGUCGUCGCAAAAAUCUCAGAUACGACAAUAUGCAGCUGUAUUGCUUAGAAAACGUUAUGAAAAAGGAAAACAUUGGCUACAAUUACCACAACAUAUACGCAGCCUAUUUAAGACAGUAAUAUUGCAGGCAUUGGUCAAUGAACCAGACAAAUCUGUAAAAAAUGCAAUUGCACAGUUAAUAGGUUUAAUAGUCAAGCACGAAUUGCCUACUAACGGUUGGCCAGAAGUUUUACAGUUUGUUCAACAAUUAAUUACCAGUGAAAGUUUAUCUGAUAAAAAGUUGGGAACCUAUACUUUAUCAAUUAUGACAGAAAUGGCACCCGAUACAUACCUACCACAUGCAGAGUCGCUGAUGGGUCUCCUGAAUCAAACUUUAAGUAGUCUAGACGAUUUAGGGGACCCAGUAGCAUAUUACGUUCUACGGACAUUGCAAAACCUUGUUCCAUUAGUUCAAGGCUAUCAGAUGAUGGUAAACGCGUAUCAUCAAAUGAUGCCACUAGUAAUGACCACAAUUCAAUUUCGUAUUGCUAACAAUGAAGAUGGUGUACAGUGCUUUGAACUAAUAAAUGAACUAUGUGAAAAUGCAGUUGCUGUGAUAGCACCUCACGUCAAACUGCUUGUCAGUAUGUGCCUUGGUAUUGCUAGUAAUAAAUCGUUAGAUAAUGCUCUUAUAGUCGAAGCUGUUGAUUGUAUUGGCUUGGUAGCCAGAAUAAAGAAGAAAGCCAUAAUAAAGCAUAAGCUUGUUGAACCCAUUAUAGACAUGCUGUUCAAUCUUAUGUCCACACGACCCGAGGACGAGGACGAUGAAGUUUAUUUUACCGAUGAUGAAGACAAUACACUCGUAGCUUGUGCCGCGCAAGUUUUGGAUGUACUUGCACUUAAUUUACCUCCAGAGAAAUUAAUUCCUCAAUUGUUGCGAUACAUAGAACCUAGUCUCCAGGGAACAGACAUAUAUGCAAAGAAAGCAUCGUAUUUAGCAAUGGCAGUGUUAGCAGAGCGUUGUUCGGAAUACAUCCGUACUAAAUAUCUUGAAUCUUUCUUGCGUUGCACUUGUCAAGGGAUUACAGAUUCCAUUACCGUGGUACGGAAUGCUGCUCUUUUUGCUUUGGGACAAUUCUCUGAAUAUUUACAACCAGACAUUUCUCAAUAUUCUUCGGAAUUAUUGCCUGUAUUACUUGAGUAUCUUGGUCAAAUAUGUGCUCAUAUUAAACAAGAGAAAAAAGCACCGCCCUCGGUCGAUCGUAUGUUUUAUGCGUUGGAAAUGUUUUGUGAAAAUUUGAAUGAAAGUCUUCUACCAUAUCUGCCGACUUUAAUGGAAAGGCUUUUCGAAAUUUUGAAUACCGACACUCCGAUUCACGUUAGAAAACUUUCAUUGAGCGCUAUUGGUUCGGCUGUUAUGGCCAGUAAAGAGCACAUAUUGCCAUACUUUGAAAAGAUCAUUUCCAUUCUUGAUAGUUAUCUUAUGGAAAAACCAACGGAAGAAACUAUGUGUCUCCAAGCACAAGCUAUUGAUACUCUUGGAAUAAUUGCAAGAACGAUAGAUGAUAAAAGUUUUGCACCUUUGGCUGCCAGGUAUCUUAAUUUUGGAAUGAAAUUACUAGAAGAAACCGAAGAUCCCGAUUUAAAAAAAUCUAUUUACGGAUUGCUUGCCUCGAUUAGUACUGUAAUGAAAAAGGAAAUGGCGAGUGCUUUGCCAAAAAUGAUCGAACACAUGAUAGUCAGCAUACAAAGCUCAGAAGGCAUAGUGGCUCACUAUAAGGAAGAUGAGACUUCUCUUUUUCCAGUGUACGAAGAUCUUAGCGACAGUGGAAAUGAAAAUGACGAAGAAGAUAUUGAAAAUACAGAUAACGAGGAAGACGAUGACGAUUAUGAUGUGACGCGUUACAGUGUGGAAAAUGCAUACAUCGAUGAAAAGAUAGGAGCAAUUUUAGCCUUAAAGGAAAUCGCCGAACAUACGGGAGAGGAAUUCCUGCCAUAUCUACAAAAGUCUUUUGAGGAAACUUUUAAAUUAACGAAUUAUCCACAAGAAGAUAUUCGUAAAGCUACCAUUGAAGGUCUUUUACAGUUUUGUAUUAAUUUUUCCAAAAUUGAUAGUAACGAAGGAAAGGAAGCGCUACUGAAAGCUCUUUCUGUAUUUAUACCAAAAUUAUCAGAAUUGAUAAGACUAGACAACGAACGAACAGUAGCUAUUAGAGGUUUGGAUGCUUAUUGCGAACUUUUGAAAGAAAUUAAGACGGUUGUUCUUAUUGGAGAAGGCCAUAAAGAUGCUAUAAUGAAUUCUGUCACGGAUGUUAUGUCGGGUAAAACAGCAUGUCAGGACGAAGAAGAUGCAGAAGAAGUGGAGACCGAAGCCGAACAAGAUGAAUUAUUGAUUGAAUGUGCGGGUGAUGUAUUAUCUAAUUUUGGGGAUGUAAUCGCUCCAGACGAUUUUGCGCUUUAUUUCCAAGCUGCAUUGCCAAUGCUUCUAACAAGAUUGAAAAAGAAUAAGUCCGAAGCACAGAGAUCGUUUGCGGUUGGUACAAUCUCGGAGUGCUUCUCAGGACUUAAACAUACAGUAGCAGCUUUCGUUCCUCAGCUUCUUCCGACAUUAUUGAGACUCACAAACGAUCCUAGUGCCGAAGUUCGCAAUAAUGCGAUUUAUGGAAUUGGUGAAUUAGCUCUACAUGGCAAAGAUGCUGUUUAUUCACAUUAUCCUGAUAUUUUGCAAGUUUUGUCAAGUUUGAUCGCUAAAGAGACUCAUGCAGGUGCUCGCGAUAAUGUUGUCGGUGCAAUCGCACGACUCAUUAUUGCUAAUUACUCCAUUUUGCCUCUAGACCAAGUAUUUCCAGUUUUUGUUAAUCAGUUGCCAUUGAAAGAAGAUUUCGAAGAAAAUAAGGCAGUUUUUAAAAGUAUAUUAGUAUUAUAUGAGGCUGGUCAUUGCAUUUUACAACCACAUAUGCAUAUGUUGCUUAAGGUGGCACUCAGGGUAUUACAAAAGGACAUUACUACCGAUUACGAGACGAUCAGCUUUGUCGUGGAAUUUAUCAAAUCUGCGAAACGAGAUUUUCCAAAUGAAUGGAAUUCUGUGUACACCGAACUGCCAACAGAAAUUGGGAAUAUUGAAAACAUGCUUCUUCAGAUCUCCAUAUAAAUUUGAAAACAACGAUCCUUCAUUGCUCCGCAUUAGAUAGUUAUCAAAAUUUGAUAACGCAUGCAGACUGAUAUACGAAGAUAUUUUUGUCGUAAAGAAAGUGACACAGAAGAAUUGUUUCUUUCAACAUCAGUUACACUCUUUUAAAAUCAUUUAUAUAUGUAUAUAUCGAUUGGACGAUCAAUGUUAAAUUCUAGUCUACCGACUUUUUCUUUCUUUUUUUUUUUUUUAAUCAAAUCGGUGAUUUGAAAUAAAGGAUAUACGCUCUCCAUAAAGACGUAGGCAUAAGAAAUGUUAUUAAUGA